GCCAACGGCUCGAAUGGAGGGGUACUAUUUAUAAUCUGAGUGUUGUUUAAAAAUUGUAUCACUACAGUUCUUGUAAUCGUGCUGUGAACAUUAUUUAGUUUAACAAGAAAAAAGAGUGGUUCGAAGAGUGUCUACAAGCCGUAGCUUAACAUUUUCUGUGAAAACUAGAAGCUACGCCGAUCCUGUCUCUUCCUUGAAGGAACAACACACGCAGAAAUACACACACAAUUAAUUUAUUUGUAAUUUAGGAUUUUUUAUAUUUAAUAAACCAAAUAUAUCAACAUGUGUGACGAAGAGGUUGCCGCGCUCGUUGUCGACAAUGGAUCCGGUAUGUGCAAGGCCGGUUUCGCCGGAGACGAUGCCCCCCGUGCCGUCUUCCCGUCCAUUGUCGGACGUCCCCGUCACCAGGGUGUGAUGGUCGGUAUGGGACAGAAGGACUCGUACGUCGGUGACGAGGCCCAGAGCAAACGAGGUAUCUUGACCCUGAAGUACCCGAUCGAGCACGGUAUCGUCACGAACUGGGACGAUAUGGAGAAGAUCUGGCAUCACACUUUCUACAAUGAGCUGCGUGUUGCCCCCGAGGAACACCCAGUCCUGCUGACAGAGGCCCCGCUCAACCCGAAGGCUAACCGUGAGAAGAUGACGCAGAUCAUGUUCGAAACCUUCAACACACCGGCCAUGUACGUCGCCAUCCAGGCCGUGCUGUCCCUGUACGCUUCCGGUCGUACCACCGGUAUUGUGCUCGAUUCCGGAGACGGUGUCUCGCACACAGUCCCAAUCUACGAAGGUUAUGCCCUGCCACACGCUAUCCUGCGUCUGGAUUUGGCCGGUCGCGAUCUGACCGAUUACCUGAUGAAGAUCCUGACUGAACGUGGUUACUCGUUCACCACCACUGCCGAACGUGAAAUCGUUCGUGACAUCAAGGAAAAACUGUGCUACGUUGCACUGGACUUUGAACAGGAAAUGGCCACCGCUGCCUCGUCCUCCUCCCUGGAGAAAUCGUACGAACUUCCCGAUGGACAAGUCAUCACCAUCGGCAAUGAACGUUUCCGUUGCCCAGAGGCUCUCUUCCAGCCAUCGUUCCUCGGUAUGGAAGCCUGCGGUAUCCACGAAACCACCUACAACUCGAUCAUGAAGUGCGACGUCGACAUCCGAAAGGAUCUGUAUGCCAACACAGUAUUAUCCGGAGGUACCACCAUGUACCCAGGAAUCGCCGAUCGUAUGCAGAAGGAAAUCACCGCCCUGGCCCCGUCGACCAUGAAGAUCAAAAUCAUUGCCCCACCAGAGCGCAAAUACUCCGUCUGGAUCGGUGGUUCGAUCCUGGCCUCCCUGUCCACCUUCCAGCAGAUGUGGAUCUCCAAGCAGGAGUACGACGAAUCCGGCCCAUCCAUUGUCCACAGGAAGUGCUUCUAAGCAUCUCCCUAUCUUAUUAUUACUAAUUAUAACAACAACACUCUUCAACCAACAACAAUGAAAAAUCAACAGCAACAACAGCAGCAUCAACAACAACAGCAACAGCGCAAAGUAAUGAUGAGACAAAAACGCGAAAGAGAGAGAUUACAAGAACAACAACAACAACAACAGCAUCUUCAACCAAUUCCAGCAAGAAGUUGAAAAGACAUUUACAUUCGACAACUUAAAAUAAAAAGACAAUUCCUGUAUUAUUAUAAUAAUCGAAGCGAGUAAUGUUUAUUUCCCUUCAUAAAAAAAAAACGCGAAGAACACACACACUUCACAAUUAAUUCAUUCAUUUAGUCGCAUCGCAUGUUUAUAAUCCCAGAUUCAGUUUAUUUUUUUUGUGUAUUUUUUCAUAUUUUACACACGUGUAGCCAGUUAAACAAGUACGUUAUUUACGCAUACAUGAAACCCUAGGAUGUAAGGAACCCCCUCUGUUAAAAACCGAGAGCAGUCAGAGUCAGAGUUAGGAGAGACACAGAGCAAAUCUACUUAGUCCUCUGAGAGAAAAAAAAAACAUUUCUACCCUUCCAAUGAAUUUAAGCUAGUAGAAGAAGAAGAAGACGAACCGAGUGCGAGUGAGCGAGAGAGAGAGAACCAAAAAAGUUACUAAAUCUAACAAAAAAAAAAACAUUUAUUUUGUAAACGACGCCCGCGAUAGGAGGUCAGCCACAAAAUACCGAAAAAUCGAAUGGUCAUUUCCCACACAAACGCGCGAACAAAAAAAAAACCGACGUUUAUUCGUUUGCUUGAUGAAAUUUGUAUUUUGUAAUAUUUAUUACCGCUAAGUCAGUUAAUUUAUUCGAACUUUUUUCAUCUGUAUUUUCACGUUUGUUUUUUUUUGUUUAGUAUUGUAAGCAUUUUCCCCUGUCUGCCUUAGCCUGUGGGGCACACAUUUUUCCUUUCCACUUUUGAAUCGCCUUCCCCCCCUGCCCGAAGCCCUGCGAGCGGGCAUCCACCAUCUCGCACACCUUCCAAUUUCAGCGUUUAGCCCCUCGCGGGGCGGCAAGGGGGGAGGGAAGAGUCAGAGAGAUUGAUUGCGUUCUUAUAAAAAAAAAACCUUCCACACGGAGAUAAAAAAGUGAGGAAAAUGUGGUCCCCUUCUUUAAGUAUAUAGGAU